AUGAAUUCACCGGAGCGGCAGCUGAAGCAGCUUACGUGCUUAUACCCUCUUGAUGUGGUAAAAACGCGGUUCCAGCUGCAGCAAAAGGUUUCCGGCGCACGCGAAAAUUCCGGCGUGUUUUCGACAUUGACCAAAAUUGUGCGCGAAGAGGGUUUUUCGCGUUUGUACCGCGGUAUGGGUCCGCUUUUCCUGCUCGAGGCGCCGAAGCGCGCGGUAAAGUUUGGCUCCAACGAUUACUGGGGCAAGGUGAUUAUGAAGCUCUUCAAUACGAAGGAAAAAACGCAGACCAUCUCGCUUCUUACAGGGUGUGCUGCGGGCGCGACAGAGAGCUUGGUCGUCGUGCCGUUUGAGCUGGUCAAGAUUCGAUUGCAGGACAAGAGCAAGGCGCACUUGUACAAAGGGCCCAUGGACGUUGUCCGCGCAACAAUUGCACAAUCGGGAUGGACUGGCUUGUAUCGUGGAUUGGGGAGCACCAUGAGCCGACACAUUUUAUGGAACGGCGGCUACUUUGCUACGAUUUUUAAGGUCCAGCACAUGCUGCCGAAAGCAGUUGACAGCAACGAUCGCUUGCGCAAUAGUCUCUUUUCUGGCAUGGCCGGUGGCUUUGUCGGCACUGUGCUUAAUACGCCGGUGGAUGUGGUGAAAACCCGAAUUCAAAGCUCGGAUUACCAUGCCAAUGUACGGCCAAAGUAUAAUGGGACGAUGUCUGCUUUGCUUAUUGUGCUGCGCGAGGAAGGACCGCGUGCAUUGUACAAAGGAUUUGUACCGAAGGUGCUGCGUCUUGCCCCGGGCGGCGGGAUUCUUUUGCUUGUUGUCGAUGGUGUAUCAGAAGAGGCACGCAGGAUUUUGGGUCCGCCGUACUGCUGA